AUGCCGGACUGCGCAUGCGCCGUUGGGAGCGUGCGCGCCCUGUCGCGUAGCCAGCGCUACGUGUGCGCCCGGGACGCAGACGCAAGCCGCCAGCGGAGGAGGCCGCUUAACCAGCUUCUUAAGCACGGCCUUUCCAUUGAAGAAAGAGAUGAAAAUGAUGAAAACUCAUUAAGCAGUUCCUCCGACAGUAGUGAAGACAAGGAUGAAAAAAUAAGUGAAGAAAGUGAUACUGGAGAAAAGACUGAAGUGAAAGAAGAACUGGAGCUUCAAACAACAAGGGAAAUGGAAGAAAGAACAGUAACUCUAGAAAUCCCUGAAGUUUUGAAGAGGCAGCUGGAGGAUGAUUGUUACUACAUUAAUCGGAGGAAACGGUUAGUGAAACUUCCAUGCCACACCAACAUCAUAACGAUUUUGGAAUCCUAUGUGAGACAUUUUGCUAUCAGUGUAGCCUUUUCAGCCAAUGAGAGGCCUCAUCACCAUCAUGCUAUGCCACAUGCCAACAUGAAUGUGCCUUAUAUCCCAGCAGAAAAGAAUGUUGACCUUUGUAAGGAGAUGGUGGAUGGAUUAAGAAUAACUUUUGAUUACACUCUCCCGUUGGUUUUACUCUAUCCCUAUGAACAAGCUCAGUAUAAAAAGGUGACUGCAUCUAAGGUUUUACUUGCAAUUAAGGAAAGUGCCACAAAUACUAGUAGGAGCCAGGAGAAGCUCUCUCCCAGCCCACGUUUGUUGAAUCCAUCCAGGCCGCAGUCUACAGAGAGUCCGUCGACCACUGGUGAACCAGCCACCCCCAAAAGGCGCAAAGCCGAGCCGGAAGCAGUGCGGUCUCUGAGGCGGUCCUCGCCCCACACCGCCAACUGUGACAGGCUUUCUAAGAGCAGCACCUCACCUCAGCCCAAGCGCUGGCAGCAGGACAUGUCCACCAGCAUGCCCAAGCUGUUCUUGCACCUGGAAAAGAAGACACCUGUGCAUAGCAGAUCAUCUUCACCUAUUCCUCUGACUCCUAACCAGAGUCAGGGAAUAGAAGGGAGUGCUGCAUUUGCUGGCUUUGAAGGGAGAAGAACUAAUGAAAUAAAUGAGGUCCUCUCCUGGAAGCUUGUGCCUGACAAUUACCCACCAGGUGACCAGGCGCCUCCACCCUCUUACAUUUACGGGGCGCAACAUUUGCUGCGAUUGUUUGUAAAACUUCCAGAAAUUCUUGGAAAAAUGUCCUUUACUGAGAAGAAUCUGAAGGCUUUAUUGAAGCACUUUGAUCUCUUUGUGAGGUUUUUAGCAGAAUACCACGAUGACUUCUUCCCAGAGUCGGCUUAUGUCGCUGCCUCUGAGGUGCAUUACAGCACCAGGAACUCCCAGGCAGUCUAUAAAAGCGUUGAUGGUUCUGUAAGAACAACUGCUCCAUCUAGCAUGGCGUUCUGAGUUCCAGGUAAACAACUAACAAGGUGGUGGGUCUUUACCCAGAGCACAAAACACUGCCCACCUGGGGGCUUUGACAGAGGUGGCCCUGUUUGAGUUCCCCAUAUACUGUAGUUACUCUGUUUAGAAUUAUUUCCUAGGUGCCUGAAAGUGUUCUGACAUGACACUUGCUACGUUGUAGGCCAUCUGUGAUGGCAGGAAAAAAGCAACUGUGUUCACAGUGAAAUGUUCAUGGAAGUAUACAUAGGUUAGGCCAUUUCAGUAGACAUGGCAGUUAGCAAGAACCACAUUGUUUCGUUAUUAGCAUUAAACAAAGUUGUUUUUGCAAAUUGGUUUCAUUCUCUUGGUGAUGCUGAGCAACUCUGUCCAACAAGGUUUAGUUUGUACUUGAAAAUCGCAAAGUAGUCUUGAAGUAUUUUAGAGGGAAUCCAUAUUGAUGGCAAAAGAAAAUUUGCAACUAUAAUUUGCUUCUAACGGUUCCUUCUCUGUGAAACAUUAUUUUUGGUGAGCUAAAGAAAGCAUUGCUUUUCUUGUUUGCAAUUUUACAGCUAUACUUUUUUGUGUAAUGUAAUGGUUCCCUUUCUGUAAAAUGUUCUUUUUGGUGAUCUAAAUAAAGCCUGUCUUGUUUGAAAAAAAAAAAAAAAUAGGAGCCAUAACUACAGAUACAAUGACAAUUGGAAUAUUAGAGAAUGCUGUAUAUUCAUUUAAACCAGUAAAUUUGAAACUCUUGACAAAAAUGAAUGAUUACUUAGGAAAAUAUAUAUUAUAUAAACUGGCUCCCCCCGAAAAAGUAGGUAUUCCUCAUUGUGGCACCUGACAGCCCCAAAGGUAGAAAUUAAAACUAACCCACAUAUUUAUUGCACACUAUGCUGACAUUUUAAUGUAAAUUUUAGACCACAUAAGCUUUAGCCUUUAGAGUCAGAAAUUCCUUAGGUGCUAGCCCACAAAUUGCUACAUGAGAGAAAACAGAAAAGAUGUCACUUUCUGCGAUCCUAAGAGAAAGCCCACAGAGGCAUAUCUUCCUAUUGUGGUUUCAGUAGCAUCAAAUAGGAAAGUGAUAAUACUGUGAGAGAAUGACGUGCCACACACAAUAUUUGAAGUACAAAGACAAAGCUGGAUGUAUUUUUGGUUAAUUACAAACCUGUAAGUGUCCAGAUGCAUUCUUCCUAGAUUAUCAUAAUUCUCUUUCAUGUCCAUGAAAGGAUAAGCUAUGUCACCAGGCUGAGAACUUGAACUGUGCUAGUCUAAAUUGA